UGAUUAUUAGCUCAAAACCAUUUGCAUUUGCAUUACUCCAGUCCGAGGGUAACGUUAGAUGUGAUCAAUGCUUUAAAUUACUUAAAGCCAAAAUCUCGUGUUAUAAAUGUCUGAAAGUCAUGUAUUGCAGUCGUAAAUGUCAGACUGAGUCCGCGGCAAAUGACAUGCAUUCGCACGAAUGUCCAAUACUUGCCACCCGUCCCCUAUCGUGUAUGACCAGGCUCAUUGCCAGAAUUAUAAAAAGACUCGAGACUACCGGCGCCACUAACGAGUAUGAAGUAAUUGGUACUCAUAAGCGGGACUGGGAUUGUCUAAUGGAUCACUAUGAGAAUAUCACGAAAGACUUCUCAGUUAUGCGUGAAUUUGAGCUCAUUUAUAAUGACCUGGCACUUAUUUUUGGCGAUAAUAUGCCUGAUAUUAACACAACAUUAAGUAUUUACGGGAAACUCUUAAUUAAUUCAUUCGCAGUUCAGGACCCGUUUAUGAGACAAAUAGGACGGGCUAUAUAUCUCGGUCCGUCAAUUUUUGACCACUCAUGCAAACCAACGGCUAAUUUCCUAUUCAUCGGAACAACACUUUACAUAAAAGCCAUCAAAUCUGUGAACAUCUCCGACAUCCGAGACCUCAGGAUCUCAUAUAUCGAUGAGUUUGAGACCACAGUUGACAGACAGAGACAACUGAGCGGUUCCUACUAUUUUCACUGCGAUUGCGAGCGAUGUCUCACUAACGAAAGCAUUGUCUCAAUGAGUGAAGACAAGGGUUUGCGUCCCAUUUGCGAGACAAUUGAGAAGCUAUCAAAUGAGUGCAACUAUUUUACUGACAGCACCGGGAGCUCAACGCAACGGCGCUUAUAUGCGAGUGCCGUUCAAAACGAUAAUAAUAUGAUCCAUGAGUUGGCCGCUCAGUUGAGACGGGAUGUCAUGCCUUUGAAUACAGUCCUUGAGGUUAGAGUCGCAGAGUUUGUGGCCAUACAUGACAAGGAUCUGGAUCUAUGGCUCAAAGUUAUGGCUAUAUUGAGGUCAUAUUACGGGGACUGUCACCAGAGACUGGCAUUAAAGCUGUAUUUAUUGGCUAAAAAUGCCGAUAACUACCCGACCCUUAAACGCCAACUUCUGACUGAAGCAAAAACUAUAGCCAAAUAUAUUACCCCAGACUUAGGCCAGCAAACAGCCGGUGCGAUGAGGAGUCGAGCCAUACAUCGAUCACCCCUCGAUAUAUGCAUUUUGAUAUCACACUAA